CCCACCCUGACUCCGACUGGAAUGCACGUAGACCGUCACAUCCGAGACAAAAACCGGUAAAACUUUACAAAUAAAAUUAAUUGAAUGUUUCCCUUCAACAGUACCCGUGCCUUAUAGAAUGUGCAUCGUGUCUACUUCCCUAGUAUCUGAUGUGUUUGUAGUGCAUUUAUAUGACUGCAUUAUGAGUUGAGCUAGCAUCAACGCUCGGACUGUCCAAAUUAAACGCGUAUGUAAAAGAUUGAAAUGGGUAGUUGGCUGACAUACCUCUGGUGGGGCGGAGACCCAGAUCUGGUAAAUCCUUUAUCAGGUCUGACGAAGCGUGAGGUGUACGCCAUCCAGCAGUCGUGGGCUCCAGUCUAUAGCAACUCUAUAGCCAAUGGAACUGAACUCCUCAAACGGUUAUUCCGAGCAUACCCAGAAACUAAGGAGUUUUUCAAAAUGGUGAGGAAAUCUUCUGAAGACGAAUUCAUAGGAAAUCCACAAUUCAGAGCGCACGUGAUAAAUUUAAUGAGUUCAUUGAACCUGGCUGUUGGCAAUCUCAAUCAGCCCGAAGUCGUUUCGGCCAUGAUGAACAAACUGGGAGAGUCACAUGGCAGAAGAAAAAUACAGGAAAAACACUUUCAUGACUUGAAAGACGUUAUAGUCAAAAUGUUUAUAGAAGUAUUGAAACUGGAUGGCACUACACUGAAUGCGUGGGGAAAAGCUGUUGAUUUCUGGUACAAACACAUCUUCGAAACGUUGAAACAAGCCGAGAUAAGAUAACCUUCAGUAUCAUAGGAAUAGAGUUAGUUUAACACCAAAUAUACCUAGUUAUAGUAACUCAUAUAAUUAUAAAUAUUUUCUCAA